AUGAUGGAAAUGGAACUUUUGGACUUGAACGAUUAUAUUCAACGCAAUCUGCCUCAAAUCCGGACGGGUUAUAUUGAAAUCUUAACUCAAUAUGAAGUUGCAGAAUUUACUAAUCAAACGAUAUAUUCAACCGGAACUGUUCCUAAUUCGUAUUUAAAAGCGACAGGAGAUUUCAAUAAUGAUAAUCAAACAGAUGUUGUUCUUGCCAAUUCGGCAACUGAUAUUUUAAGUAUUCGAUUUGGUUCAAAUAAUGGAAGUUUUUUACAUGGAAUAAUUUAUGAAAUUGGAAUUGUUUCUUGUCCACAAUAUGUAAUUGCAAAUCAUGUUGACAAAGAUAAUCAUUUAGAUAUAGUUGUUGUUAAUUCUAAAGGUAAUACAAUGAGUUUCAUUUAUGGUCAUGGAAAUGAAUCAUUUGCUGAUCAAUUCAUUUCUUCAAUUGGAAAUAAUUCACAUCCUUAUUCAAUAGUUAUGAAUGCCUUUAAUUAUGACAAUGAACUUGAUUUUCCUGUUGUUUUCUAUGAUAGUUCAAAUUUAAUUAUCCUUCUAGGACAAGAAAAUGGAAGAGUUUCAGUUGCUAUCAAUGAUUUUAACAACGAUAACAAUCUGGGUAUUUCUGUAGCAAAUAAUGGCAUUGAUAAAAUUGAAGUUUUGUUUGGAUUUGGUGAUGGAACAUUUCUUCUAGGAAACACAUAUUCAACUGGAAACGGUUCGAUACCAAAAGCAAUUUCUCAUAUGGUAAUUUUAAUCAUAAUGGAUGGAUGGAUAGAUAUUGUUAUAACAAAUUAUGAAACAGAUAAUAUUGGUGUUCAACUAGGAUUUAAUGAUGGAAAUUUCAAUAAUAUGACAACAUAUUCAACUGGUUUUGAAUUCUCGACCAUAUUCUGUUGA